CCGGGCCCCGGCGAGGCUAUGUCCGAACCCGUUCCGAAGAGUAGUGGCGGAAGAUCAGAAGGUGCUGCUGCUCCGACGCUCAGUGGAAUCACAGAAUUGUCAUCGUCGUCGUUUCGUUCUCGUUGUGUUUCAUCUUGUGCACGUCAAUCAGCGUUGCGCUGUGUAACGAGGGAUUUUUGCCUUCGACAUCAAUCCUGGCUCUCUGGGAGUUGGGUCCCGAAAACUAGCAGGGAGGGAAGCGUGAGGUGGUACACCGAGGUUCUACGAUCUGAGCAUCGAACUGUCCGGAAACAGUCUUCCGUAUUUCAAACAAGGAAGAUAUCAAAUUCGUCGCUAUCAUAACCUCAGACUUCUUGUGGAAGUCCUCCUUAGCAACCCUCCCUUGCGAGUUCAGCUAGACAUCUUCAGUGAGCUCAGUUACUAGCUUGGAUACUCCGUCUGCAUUGAGACGAGCGAAGACCUAGUCAAGGAGAACAGGAAUGACGAGCUUCCGGGAGUUUCGAGGAGUAGAGUCAUGGGGAAACGAUGCUUGGAAGGCUAUGUGUAAAGUCAGAGAAUCGCAACCUUUGGUUCAGUGUAUCACUAACUUCGUAAGCAUGGAUAUCAUGGCGAACACACUUCUAGCCGCUGGUGCUUCGCCAGCUAUGGUGCACGCGGUGGAAGAAAUCACAGAGUUCACUGCUCUUUCAAAUGCUCUCUGCAUCAACAUUGGGACCUUGUCUCCAAAUUGGAUUUUUUCCAUGAAGGUUGCCGCUACUCGUGCGAACGAACUCCAAAAGCCUUGGGUUCUGGACCCAGUAGGCGUUGGAGCAACACGAUUUCGCACAGAAAAGUGCAUUGAGCUCAUCCACUUGAAGCCAACUGUUAUACGCGGAAAUGCAUCAGAAAUCAUGGCUGUUGUCGGGGCCUCCACUGGUCCUACGAAGGGUGUGGAUAGUACGCAAGCCUCUACGGAUGCAGUGGAAGCGGCGAAGGAGCUUGCUCGCUUGGCCCAUUGUAUAGUCGCUGUCUCUGGGGCUGUGGACCUGGUAACUGAUGGCAAGCGGGUCCUCGGUGUGAGCAAUGGCGUUGCAUUGUUGCAACGAAUCACUGCUACAGGCUGUGCUGUCACCUCCCUCAUCGCUGCUUUUGUGUCUGUCAACCCCGGUCGUCCCCUGGAAGCAACAGCCUUCGCUCUAGCAUUGUUUGGACUUGCUGCUGAAAUUGGUAAUGAGAGAGCAAAUGGACCUGCGUCUCUUCGGGUUAAUAUGCUAGACGCACUGCAUUCUUUAGAUGAAACUUCGGUUACGUCUCGGAUUAGGAUAGCCCAAAUAUGAAAGUAUGUUUUUUUUGUGGGAACCAUGUUUUACUGUAAUUAUGUGACCAUGUUUUCCUACUUUCUCUUGCAAAUCCGGAUUCGAUUCAGUUGUUUCUCUUAGCUCAUCUGCUAUAUGGUUCAUUUGAAAACAGAGUAGCAUCUCUUUUUGGUCCGCUGUGAAUAGAAGUAAACUUUGUCAAGGCA